ACCCUACCAAACACAGGGGCAAGGUUAAAGAAGCGCAGCAGGGAGAAACGUUUCAUCCACCAUCGUCACUGCGGCCGCUCGGAGCAAUUCCGAAUGAACGGCCGAGCGUUUAUCGUUUGUUAUGUAACAUAAGCAUAUUCAGCAAGCAAAGCCAUUAAUUACCUUGCAAUGGCAACGCAACGGCGGGAACUCCUUCAAACAUUUACCCUUAGAACCGCGUUUUCAGCUUCUAUUUCGAGCCUCAACUCCCGCGCCUGUCAGUUCAGAGCCACCCAAACGCUAGAAAUCCUCCCCAAUCAAACCCAUCCGUUGAAUGAAUUGCCGGUUUUAUCAACGCCGAUGUCUAUGUCGGAGUCCGCUAUGGUGGAAAAGAUGCUGUGGAGUCUAAAGCAAGGCAAGCCCAACUCUAGUCCUAAUUAUAUUGUUCAAUUAAGCCCCUCAAUUUUCGUUGAUGUUCUAUAUAGAUGCCGUGACAAUUUGCAAAUGGGCCAGAGAUUAAUUGAUUUAGUUAGUACUAAAAUUCCGGGAUUUAGGCACUCCUCACUAUCGCUGAGUGCCGCGAUUCAUGUGUUGGUGAGGAGCCGGAGGGUGUCCGAUGCCCAGGUUUUGAUUCUUCGGAUGGUUAGAAGGAGUGGGGUUUCUCGGGUCGAGAUUGUUGAUUCUCUAGUGUCAACUUAUCGAAAUUUUGAGUCGAAUUUAUUUGUCUUUGAUUUGUUGAUUAGGACUUACGUGCAAGCUAGGAAGUUGAGGGAAGCGGCUGAGGCGUUUCGGUUGUUGAGAAGGAGGAGGUUUCUUGCCCCUUUAAAUGCUUGUAAUAGUCUUCUUGGAGGGCUUGUCAAGGUUGGGUGGGUGGACUUGGCAUGGGAAGUAUACGGGGAAAUGCUUAGAAGUGGGAUUGAAGUGAAUGUUUAUACACUAAACAUCAUGGUAAAUGCAUUUUGUAAGGAUCGGAAAAUUGAGAAAGCAAAAAUGUUUCUUUCUGAAAUGGAAGAGAAAGGCAUUUUUCCAGAUACUGUGACAUAUAAUACUUUGAUUAAUGCGUAUAGUCGUGAAGGGCUUCUGGAAGAAGCUUUUGAGUUAAUGAACUCUUUGUCAAGCAAGGGGUUAAAACCAUGCCUGAUCACUUACAAUGCAAUAAUAGCUGGUUUGUGCAAGAAUGGAAAGUAUGAUAGAGCAAAGGAAAUUUUGGAUGAAAUGUUGCAGAUUGGGCUAAGCCCUGAUGUUACCACUUAUAACACAUUGCUUGUUGAGUGUUGUAGGAAAGACGAUAUGUUGUAUGCUGAAGGAAUUUUUGAUGAAAUGUUGUGUAGAAGCAUUGUUCCUGAUUUAAUCAGCUAUAGUUCACUUAUUGGGUUAUUUUUGAGGAAUGGGCAUCUUGAUCGAGCAUUAGAAUAUUUUAAGGGCAUGAAGAGUGAUGGCAUAGUUCCUGACAAUGUGAUUUAUACUAUUCUAAUUGGCGGGUUUUGCAAAACUGGAGCAAUGUUGGAAGCUUUGAAGAUACGAGAUGAAAUGAUCAAGCAUGGUUGCUUAAUGGAUGUCAUUACAUACAAUACUAUUUUGAAUGGAUUGUGCAAAGAGAAGAUGCUCCCCGAUGCUGAUAACCUUUUCAAUGAAAUGAUGGAAAGGGGUGUAUACCCUGAUUUUUGCACUUUCACAACACUUAUACAUGGAUACUGCAAGGAUGGGAAUAUGAACAAAUCCAUAAGUUUGUAUGGGUCAAUGCUUCAAAGGAAUCUCAAGCCAGAUGUUGUGACGUACAAUACUUUAAUUGAUGGGUUUUGCAAGGAAGGUGAAAUGGAGAGAGCUAAUGAACUAUGGGGUGAUAUGAUUGCUAGGAACAUCUUCCCUAAUCACAUUACAUACAGCAUUCUGAUCAAUGGACUUUGUAGUCAGGGUCGUGUCUCAGAUGCAUUUAGGUUGUGGGAUGAGAUGGUUGGAAAUGGUAUUGAGCCCACUGUUGUGACUUGUAACACAGUUAUAAAAGGUUAUUGCCGGUCGGGGGAUGCAGCAAAGGGGUAUGAAUUCCUCAGGAUCAUGACCUCCAAAGGAAUUGCCCCUGAUAGCAUUACUUACAACACUGUUAUACAUGGAUAUAUAAAACAAGGAAAUAUGGGCAAAGCUCUUGAAUUAGUGUAUAAAAUGGAAAAGAAAGGUCUAUUUCCUGAUGCUGUCACAUAUAAUGUGAUCUUGGAUGGUUUUUGUAGGGAAGGUAAAAUGCAAGAAGCAGAUUUGGUAUACAGGAAGAUGAUUGAGAGUGGUGUGAAUCCUGAUAGAUCCACCUAUAUAUCAUUAAUAAAUGGACAUGUGACACAAGACAAUUUGAAGGAAGCAUAUCGAUUCCAUGAUGAAAUGCUGCAGAGAGGUUUUGUGCCCGAUGAUAAAUUUUGAUUAUCUCAUUCUUGUGGGGAUUACAAGCAAACAAGUAGCAUGCUGAUAAACCUAUUCACUCGAGUGUUGGACCUGCUUGACUGAUAAGGUGGGAUUUAUAAUGUGAAGUCUUCUGUCAGAUUUACCUCAUAGAACUGUGUGCUUCACUUAGGAGUCAUAUCUUCCUUUGCACUUUCUGCUUGUGAUAGCUCCAAAGAGAUUAAGGAGAUAAGAUUCAUAUCUUUUUUCUCUUAGAGAGGCAUUUGAGUAAUCAUUUAAAUCAGUGCACCAGGCUAAAUUGCAGAAUACUAUAUAAUUUUGUGAGCACUCCUGAGGUCACACCAAUCCAAGUGUGUGUUGCAUUUUACCCUGGAAGAGGCUUGGAGUGGUUACAUGAUGUAUCAGGAGAGACAAAAGAUAGAGCUGGAUGACAGAUGCGGGGAAAUCAUAUUCAUGGGAUAUAAGGAAUGAAAAUUUGGGGUAUUAUUGAGGACUAUCUUACUCAGUUGCGGUUCAUGAGGUCACACCAAUCCAAGAGCGUGUUGCAUUUUACUCUGGAAGAGGCUUGGAGUGGUUACAUGAUGCAUCAGGAGAGACAAAAGAUAGAGCUGGAUGACAGAUGUGGGGAAAUCAUAUUCAUCGGAUAUAAGGAAUGAAAAUUUGGGGUAUUAUUGAGGACUAUCUUACUCAGUUGCGGUUCACGAGGUUUGGACAGUGCUAUUUGGUCCUACUUCAUAGUCUUAAAAGGGUAAUUUUACGUGUGAAAUAAGACCAAAUAUUUCAUGGAAUAGGACUGUCAUUUAAGAUUGUGAAAUAAGACAGACCGAAUAUUAGAUGGAACGCCGAUAUUUGGGUUGGGAAUUUGGGUGGAAUAAUCAUUCCGAAUGCUUUGAUAAUGCCCAAUCAAAUGAAGAAAAUGGGAUUUUAACCAAGACUGUUGAGGUUGAAGAUUGAAGUCAUUAAGCUAAAGAAGAUAUAUGCUUUGAGCAUGACAAACUUUGGAUUUAAGGUUGAAAGUUGAUGAUAAUCUAAAUAUUGUUAUUAUUUUAACUGAUUAUGUUUGUAUAAUCAUUUAUUUAUGGAUAUGCCGCCUUGUCUUACAUUUGAAUGUAGUUUUAACAUCAAUAAGUAAGCUUAUUAACAUUGACAAAAAUUGUUACAUGCAGAAUUCAUAGAGAUUAGAGACUCGUAUUGUCUUUU